GACGCGCGGAGGCGGUGGCGGCACCUCCUCCUCCUCCUGCUGCUGCCGAGCCCCAUCCCCCCGCGACCGGCCGGUUCCAGCCUGCACCCCCGUGUCCGUGCCCGUGCCCCCUCCCCCGGGCCCCGCCAUGGGCCUCACCGUGUCCGCGCUCUUUUCUCGGAUCUUCGGGAAGAAGCAGAUGCGGAUCCUCAUGGUCGGCUUGGAUGCAGCCGGCAAGACCACAAUCCUGUACAAACUGAAGUUGGGGGAGAUUGUCACCACCAUUCCCACCAUCGGCUUCAAUGUGGAAACAGUGGAAUACAAGAACAUCUGCUUCACAGUCUGGGACGUGGGAGGCCAGGACAAGAUUCGGCCUCUGUGGAGGCACUACUUUCAGAACACUCAGGGUCUCAUCUUCGUGGUGGACAGUAAUGACCGGGAGCGGGUCCAGGAGUCGGCUGAUGAACUUCAGAAGAUGCUGCAGGAGGACGAGCUGCGGGAUGCGGUGCUGCUGGUCUUUGCCAACAAGCAGGAUAUGCCCAACGCCAUGCCCGUGAGCGAGCUGACCGACAAGCUGGGCCUGCAGCACUUGCGCAGUCGCACGUGGUAUGUCCAGGCCACCUGUGCCACCCAAGGUACAGGCCUCUACGACGGGCUGGACUGGCUGUCCCACGAGCUGUCAAAGCGCUAACCAACGAGGGGCCAGCCCCUGCUGCCCGGAAGCCCCCGCGUGCAUCCUGGGAGGACCAGACUCCCGGACUCCUCAGGCAGUGCCCUGCCCUCCUGCUCCUCCUCCCAGACACAGGCCUCUGCUCCUGCCCCUCACGCCUGCAUGUUCUCUCUGUUGUUGGAGCCUGGAGCCUUGCUCUCCGGGCACAGCGAGGUCCACCCUCCUGCCUGCUGGGACCUGUGGAAGGGGCUUCCAGGGCCGAGACCAUUUCUUCCAGAGGAGGAGCAGGGACCUGGGUUUACUUUUUUGUUUGUUCUGUUUGGGGUGUACCCUUGGGGCCAGGUGGGGAGGGGAGGGCUCCGGGUGGUGCUAAGAUACGGCACUGGAUAUUGAGUAAUAAAUUUGCUGUGGUUUGUA